AUGAAUACCUCCAGUCUUUCUAUUGUUGAAAUGUUGCCCUCUCCAGCUUGCAGUGAGUCUGUUCAUGUUAUGUCGUCACGACAGACCACCCCCUCAGGUUCAGCUUAUCGCCCGCGUAAGCCGCAGCGCAUCCUUGCGUGUGUGCUUUGCCAGCAACGCAAAGUCAAAUGCGACCGAAAGUUCCCUUGUAACCAUUGUGUAAAAGCAAAGGUUCAAUGCGUGCCCGCUCGACAGAUGCCGAGGCGGAGGCGGCGGCCGACUGAGCAGGAGUUGGUGGAGAGGCUCAGACAGUAUGAGGACUUGCUGAGAAGAAACAAUGUCCCAAUUGAGGCUACUGACGACAUGGAAGCUGAAGAGACGUCUGGGUACGCUGACGGUCAAAGCUCGAAGUCCAUAGGCCAGGCGUAUCUUGGCACUAGAGAAGACGUAGGUGGGGGACAGCCAGCAGGAGCCGGGAACAUCAAGAGCAAAGAUCAGACCUUGGGCGAGGUCAAGAAUUUCUGGGACGCAAUGCAUCAGAGAUCCCCAGAUGAUGCUCGAGGCGAUACAGAGGAAGCCAAGAUUGACAACAAUUUCGGCAAUUCUACAUUCGAUGACCUCUCCGAGCCGGUCAUCGUCAAAGUCUGGGGUCGUGUGUACGAGGGCGAUCAUAACCACAUCUUUGGACCCUCCAAGAUCAACGGACCUAUCUCAUCUUUACAUCCUUCGCACGUUCAUAUCUUCAGACUCUGGCAGAUUUACUCGGAUAACAUCAAUCCACUGCUCAAAGUCACACACGCGCCGACGCUCCAAGCACGUAUCCUUGAUGCAGCCGUUGAUGUGACAGGUAUCAGCCGUGAGCUCGAAGCGCUGAUGUUCAGUAUCUAUUGUGUUGCUCUUAUUAGCAUCGAGGAAGAAGCAUGCCGCAAAACGUUUGGCGAGCCGAAAGCAAAGCUUCUCAAGAAAUAUCAAGCCGCUUGUCACCAGGCCCUCAUCAAUUGUGGAUUUCUCAGAUCUCGAGAACGCGACUGUUUGACCGCCUUCUUUCUCUACUUGGUCUCUCUCAGACCCGACACCCAUCCACAUUCCCUAUCACCGAUGUUUGCCAUCGCCUUCCGCAUCGCCUACCGCAUGAACAUUGCUAACGAGUCUGCUAACGCUAAACACGGAGUCUUUGAGGCUGAGAUGCGUCGUCGACUGUGGUGGGCACUGAUCUUGUACGACAGUCGCAUAUCAGAGAUGAGUGACUACAAAACUACUCAACUGAUCCCGACCUGGGACUGCAAGAUACCCGCCAAUGUCAAUGAUUUCGAUGUAAGACCGGAGAUCAGUACGAGGCCGUUGGAUCAAGAGGCAUCCACCGAAGCUCUUUUUGCGGUUGUGCGUGGUGCCAUAGGGGACUUUAUACGGCACAACGCCCUACAUUUGGACUUUAUCAACCCGAUGCUAAAGCACGUUGCUAAAGCGACCCAGCAUCUUUUCGACCCCUACGAUGACAAUCUGCAUGGCCUCGAAAGCAUCAUCGAAAGCCGGCACCUCAAGCACUGCACGUUCGAAAACCCGCUACACUACAUUACAAUAUGGUGGGCGCGCUACUACCUCGCCAAAUACCGCUUCCUCCUUCACUGUUCCCAGCACUCACGUUCACCCGCGGACCAAACUCUCGAACAGCGCGACGCGAUUCUUUCACAUGCGCUUCGCAUGCUCGAGUGCGACACUGCCCUCAUGUCGUCGCCUCUUACAAAGGGCUACCGUUGGCUAAUCCAGUUCCACUUCCCUUUUCCGGCCUACGUGCGCAUUGUGCAGGAUCUCCGCCUCCGUCCUGUAGGCGCUCAUGCCGACAAAGCAUGGGAGUCGAUGAAUGCCAACUAUGCUGUCCGCUUCAUAGACAUGGAGCCCAGUGCAAACCUCUUAUUUAAGAUGUUUGCGUCGACUGUGUUGCAAGCCUGGACCGCAAGACAUGCUGCCAUGUUUGGAGAGGGAUUGGGAGAAGGACCGGAGCGGAUGAUAGGGGAUAUUAAGAAGAAGCUAGGGCAGCCAUCACCUCUAGUGCCUACUGCCGACGAUGCUGUGAUUCCCAUACAAGGCCAUAUGGUCAUGCUUCCGCCCUCGGAUAUACAUAUACCUGCCGUGACUGGGCUCGAUUCAGGCAACUAUUUCCAAGAUCCAAGUCUUGCUGAGCUGAACACUGAAUUAUUCGACAUGGAUUGGAGUAACAUUGAUUGGACUAUGAUGUCCGGGCUGGGUUAG